UCUCGUCGACGCGUCGUCACCCGACGCGACGCUUUAACCGACUCACGCGAUGGUGACGAAGAAACCCAACGACGCCGUCGCCGCGGCGAGCGCGAAGAAAGGAAAGAACGCCGCGGGCGACGACAAAGACGACAAAAACGGCGAUGGGGUCGUUGGCGAUGGAAAGUCAUCGACGACGAAGAAUAGAAAGGAUAAGAAGAACGAGGUGGAGUUGAGCGAAGAAGACGCGGCGCUGAAGGAGAACUUGGAACUGAUGGUGAUGCGAGCGAGCGAUCCGAAGGCGGGGGUGGCGAAAUUGGCGCUUGAAACGAUGAGACGCGAGAUCCGAACGGCGACGAGUUCGAUGACUUCGGUCCCAAAGCCUUUAAAGUUUUUGAGACCGCACUUGCAAACCUUGAAGGAGGUGUACGACAAAACGAAGAAUGGAGAAAACAAGUUACUGCUGGCGGAUAUCAUUUCCUUGUUGUCCAUGACCAACGCUCCGGUGGCUGGGGAAAUUCCAGAGUCGUUGAAGUACAGAUUAUUAGGGUCAAAGGAGGACAUCGGGAACUGGGGACACGAGUAUGUGCGUAAUCUCGCCGCAGAGAUCGGCACUGAAUACCAUCGUCGCAUAGAGCAAGAUGGGGACAAGGCUUCGAUGGAAGAUCUCAUGGGUUUGGUGCACGAAAUCGUUCCUUUUCACAUGCAACACAACGCCGAGCCAGAGGCUGUCGAUUUACUAUUGGAAGUUGAGAAGCUCGACAUUUUGCUCGACAACGUGAACGACGCCAACUAUUCGAGGACAUGCUUGUACCUGUUCAGCUGUGCCAACUAUCUUCCUGAGCCAGAAGAUGCAAUCGUGUUGAAGACGGCGCAUGCGAUUUUCAUGAAGGUUGGGAAGAUGCCAGACGCUAUGCGAGUUGCGCUCAAGCUCUGCGAGCAGAGCAUCAUCGAAGAGACGUUCAACGCGUGCACCAACUUGGCCAUCAAGAAGCAACUUUGCUACAUGUUGGCCCGUCACGGCCAUCCGUUGAAGCUCGAUGAAGGCCCGUGUGAGGUUGAAGAAGAUAACCUGGAUAUGCUGCAGAACAUCAUGAGUCACUCAGACUUGACAAAGAACUACUUGAUGCUGGCGCGUGACUUGGAUGUCAUGGAGGCGAAGUUACCCGAGGACAUUUACAAAUCGCAUUUAAUGGAAGUUCGCGCUCCUUCGGGCGCCGCAGUGGAUAGUGCUCGUGCUAACCUCGCAGCGACAUUCGUGAACGCGUUCGUGAACGCCGGUUUCGGACAAGAUAAGCUUUUAACUUCUUCAGAAGCCGCGGAUGGUUCCACAUCUAAUGUGAGCUGGAUUUUCAAAAACAAAGAUCACGGUAAAAUGUCAGCAGCUGCUAGCCUUGGGAGCAUCUUGCUUUGGGACGUUGAAGGCGGUCUACCGCAAGUCGAUGCUUAUCUCUAUAGCGAGGAACCGAACAUCGUUGCGGGUGGCUUGCUUGCCGUUGGUCUCAUCAACACUAAUGUGCGGAACGAUUGCGAUCCCGCUUACGGUUUGUUGUACGAGAGCGUGACCAAGGAAAACUCCGCAGUAAGAAUCGGUGCGAUAAUGGGACUUGGUUUGGCAUAUGCUGGUACUCAAAAAGAAGAAGUUUCCGAGCUUCUCACGGAGGUGAUUCACGAUGACAGUGCUCCGUUGGAAGUCGUUGCUUUCGCAGCGCUGUCGCUUGGCCUCGUCUUCUGCGGCACGUGCCACGAAGAGUCUGUGUCGACCAUCGUCCAAACGCUGAUGAUGCGGCCUGAGAAAGAACUCGACAAUACGUUUGUGCACUUUUUGUGCCUAGGUUUAGGUUUACUUUUCUUACAGCGUCAAGCGGAAGUGGAAGCGACAUUGGAAGUUGCGAAAACUCUCCCGGCGCGAAUCAGCGGAUAUUUACAAACUGUGCUGGACGUGUGCGCGUACGCCGGUAGUGGUAAUGUGUUGAAAAUUCAGUCUCUUUUGGCGAAGUGCGGCGAGCACCCGGAGGCUGACGAAGGCGAUGAAUGGAUUGCAGAUCCCCAGAGUGUCGCUGUGUUGGGCAUCGCUCUCGUUGCCAUGGGCGAAGAACUUGGAGCAGACAUGGCGGUCCGUGCGUACGAUCACCUUAUUCAGUAUGGUGACGCGGCAGUAAAGAAAGCCGUUCCUCUCGCAUUUGCGCUGUUACACACCUCCAACCCGAAGCUUGAUGUCACGGAUUUACUUGGUAGACUCAGUCACGAUAGCAAUGAAGAGGUCGCGCAGUCCGCGUGCCUUGCCCUCGGUAUUGUUGGAGCGGGAACCAACAACGCGCGCUUGGCCUCGCAGCUACGACAACUUAGUAGUUACUACUACAAGGAGCCGUCGUGUUUGUUCCUCGUGCGUGUCUCACAGGGUCUUGUGCAUAUGGGUAAGGGCUUGCUCACGCUUUCUCCGGCGCACUCGGACCGAGCGCUGGUGUCAAACGUCGCACUUGCUGGUUUGAUCAUCACCGCCUUUGCGGGACUCGACAUGAAGCAUACGAUUUUGGGUAAGCAUCACUACAUGCUGUACUAUUUGUUUGUCGCUGCCCAACCGCGCAUGCUCAUGACUGUGGAUGAACAAGGGGAACCGUUGCAAGUGUCUGUUCGAGUCGGUCAAGCUGUUGACGUCGUGGGACAGGCUGGGCGACCAAAGACUAUCACUGGCUUCCAAACACAUAACACUCCCGUACUUCUGUCAGUUGGCGAUCGAGCGGAGCUGGCGAGCGAGAAAUACAUUCCUUUGACUCCUGUUUUAGAGGGAGUUGUCAUCUUAAAGAAGAACCCGGAGUGGGUCGAGGAAAUGGAAAAGUAG